AUGUUUUCGUCACGUUACCGAAGUACAUUCACGCAAGAAACCUACGUUCCGGCGUUGCCUUCGUCGGUAACAUUUCCGUGGCGGCGGAAAAACCGUCGCCGAACCAGGGCCCAACGAAAGCAGUCUAAUGCCAGGCAACAGCAGAUGUGUUUGGAAAUGCUGAGAGACGCGAUGUUGGUCGCUGUUUCUGGGCUUCCAGAUGGAAUUUCUCGCUUUAUUGCAAAAUAUGGGGAAUCGAGCUCCGGGAACCAUCAGGCAGCGGCUCUUCAAAUAACAAGGAACUCGAAACUGAGAGAUGUGUUCGGAGUGGAGCGUCCCGAAGAAGAUCGUGCAGUUCAGGCAGUCAACCGCCCGUCGUCCGCGUACGCUUUGAUCCGAACUCCUCCAAGAGAGGAAGAAAUGGAACCAGUCAAGCUGGAGUUGCCGUCUGAAGAAGAAGUAGAACCGAGGCACAAGUCCAAGAAGAAGGAUAAGAAGCGGAAGAAGAAGAAGAAGAGCAAACGAGGCGAUGAGGAAUCUGGCGAGGAGAGAAAUUCGAGGAAGCGAAAGAAGUCUCGCAGAUCCAGUGAGAGUAGUGACGACUCAGAGCCGCGCUCGAAGCACAGAGAAUCGCGCAGGUCGAAGAAGAGUCAUCGAAGGAGUCGAUCUGGCGAGCGACACAAGAAAUCGGAUCGAUUAGAAAAGGGCAUUGGAUUGCCUUUCAGAGGUUUCAGGUUUUUCAGUGAAUCUGUUCACAUGCGGAGUGGUGGGCGCAAGGAAAGUCAUAGAAGCCGUGAACAUCGACACAACAAGGGGCAUGAGGAUGAUGAGCAAGCUGUUGGGAUUUGCGCUUCGCCGGGCGACGAUGUGAAAAGGUCGUCGAACGAACGAGAGGAAGCCCUCAGCGAAUAUCCUAAACUGGCCGACUACUCGGACACGGAUUCCAAGACCUCAUUGCCGGAAGUAGAAGGAAAAAACCCGGGCGGAAUAGUAGAAAAGCGACGAUCUUCCCCCAACGCAUCUUGCAAACGAUGUCGCGGAAAAGCGUUCAGUCCGGAGUCCUUGAACGAGUCUGGAACGACCAGGAAACGUCGCAUAAGCCAAACCUCCGAAGAGUUCUCACUGGAAACUUACUGCGAACGGUUCAACAAGUGUCAGACAGACGCCUCCACGAUAGCAUUCCAUACUGCUUUGUUUCCUGGGUUGAAUUAUCCGGAAACGGGGAGAAAGUACGUGGUGCAGGACGGUUGCAUCCGUUGUUCUUCGGCUUUGAGCGAUUCGAAUGAACCUACGGAAGAUUCCGAGGAAUAUUUGUGGAAAGAAGUUGCCCUCGAAGGCCCUCAAACUUCGGGAAAGAACAAAAGAAGCUCUCGAAGUCCUAGUGUCGAAAAAGCAUCCUUGCCUGGCGAUCAUUUGACUGGUGGAGUUGAAAAUUCGGAUUCCGAAAAGGCGGAUACCGCCGCGAUUGUUCAGCAAGUCGCAGAAUCUUAUUUUGCGCGGAUCAGAAGUCAAACUCGGCAACCUACUCCGGAACGGAAUGAUGACUCCGAUGAAGAAAUACUCGUCGAAAGUGUGAAAAGAUCGAUUUCAAGAACUCCCCCUCGCGGUUACCAGAGGUCUUCACGAGCUUCACGAAGAAGCAGAGGAAAGUACGACUCGUCGUCGGAUUCGGAUUCCGAUUCUACUUUAUCACGAUCCGUGUCGUUAUCUGGAUCAGUGUCUUCUGCUUCGUCUCGCUCUUCGUCGGCGUCAUCUUUUCGAGGCUCGCCCUCAUUUAGAGAGGCGCGAAGGAUAACUAGCGCACGCAAACUACCGGUGAUUUACCGUCGAUCAUCCAGAGCUUCAUCAAGAUCUUCUAGGUCCCGAUCACCGUCUCCGGUUCGCACCAGGCGUCGCUCUGCGUCGUUGGAGGCUUCUGCCGUUGUUGCUAGGUGUCGCCGGCGGGGACUCACGCGACUAGAUCCGUUUGGAAUGAAAGUCAUGCCUCCAUUUAGAAUUUGAGUAUAGAUCUUUGCCUCGAUGUCAAUUUUUCGAGUUUUUGCCGGCUUUUUCUUUACGCUCACGAAAAUCUUAUGUGAUGAUUUUUUUUUUUCGGAGAAGAAAGUGUCUCCGGAAUGGUAUUGACUAGGUCGCGCUGUUCGAAUUGGCUUUGGGAUUGUGUUGAAGUAACGUUUGAUCUCGCGCGUGGCCGCUGAUUGUUUUUUUGUUUUUUUCCCUCGCCAUUGCGACUUGAGUUUCCCAUUCGAUGUUUGUGCUUGAAGGUUUGUGAGCGGUAAUCCAAGAUCUCCAAGGUUUCAUUCCGUUUUCCCGGACGUGAAUGUUGAUGUCAUUGGCUCGGUGUUACCCUAUUGGGAAAAAUAUCCAAUCUAGCGAAAUACAGUGGAAAGGUUUUGAUUAUAAA